AUGAUGGCGCCACCGGCAGGUCGAAGGCGACCGCCCACGGCAGCAGAAUCGCCUCUCAGCUUCAUAUCUCGAGCUCAUAGGCAAGCCUCGGGCGACUUCACCGGAACCCCUUUGCGUAAAACAUCGUCUUCAGGCUCACUUGGGCUGUGCGAGCAACAUCGGCCGCUGACUCCCAGGACAGGCGUCAAGUCACAUUGGCCAGGUGACGCGGCUGAUCUGCUCAGCAGCUUUCCGGUUAUCCCGGAGGCUCAACCACAAGGUCAGGCCUCGGUGCCAGCAUCGACUCCUGGCCGACUCUUUGGGUUCUCGCAGAGUGAAAUCGACGAUUUUGCCAGCCACAGUGAUCUCUUGGCCAGCUCGCUCUUCCCAGACGUGCCCUUCAACCACGCCCUUGUCGUCAACUCGAUCAACAUGAAAGUGGAAGGCUGCACAACCUCCGUGGCCGGCGGGAGCGCGGACGCCAAUCCACCACACAGUGCAAAUGACAGCGGCUACUUUCCCGGCGACGCGUCAUUAGAUCUAGACGACUCCGGCCAGGCAGCGGACUUCGAUGAGUUUGAUGACGAUGGGUCUCCCCUCUUCGACAACGACGCGGAGUUGGAUCCGGAGACCGCUGCAAAGCUAAAGGUUGUGCAAAAGGCUCAAGAAGAGGCAUCAGCGGUUGGCGCAACAGGCGAAUUUGCGUGUCCUUACUGCGACAAGAGCUACAAUGGUAAGCACGCUCGCUCCAUAUGGCGCAGACACUUGCAAGACAAGCACGCCAUUCCACUCUCCCAGCAGCCGCGCCGCACGAGAUGGGACGGAGACGCGAAUAGACCAAAGAAUGCGGAGGAGAGGAGGCAGCGAAUGCUGGAAAGCAAACGUAAGUGGGCACGCAAGAAGCGUCUUAUGGAGAAGCAUGGUCAGGAAGGCACGCCAGCUCAGGCGGCAGCUCGGGCAGCAAUGCACCAUCAGCAUCGCUGGGAGCCCGAACGACCGCUCUUCGCGGCUCACAAUCAUGGAUAUGCGGAACCGAUGAUGGCCCAUCAAGAACGCCUAUACGCGUCGCUGCCCCCAAGUCGUAGUGAGCAUCCAGGAUACCACGGCGCCACUCCUAUCGGACAGCCUUUUUCCAUCUCUCAUCCCCCACUGCCGCUGCAAUCGCUCUAUUCAAACGCUGCUCCGCCUGAUGCUGCAGUGUUUCACUCGCACCAUCCAGCCGCGCCCCACUAUGUACACCCGCCUAAUCCUCACGGCCUCGAGCUCCCUUCUCCUGGGACCGUCGACCGCAUCUUUGGCGUACCUCAGUACGAGCGCAGUGCGGCUCGUCAAGGCACAUCUCAAAGCUCUUCCCGCCAGUCGAUGACGCUACUCACUGCCGGUGCGCCGAUUUUUCCACCACACGAGGACAUACCCGCACAUCGCGACUCGCGCCAUUCGAAAGACCUACCUCAGGCUUCGCCCACGCGCAUCAGUCAUUUGCGAGCAAAUGCAGGUCACCUCGGAGAGCUUUCCUCCAGAGCAGGACCCUCUUUGGUCACAUCUCCGGGCAGGGUUGUGCCUGGGCCCUUUGCCGGGCAUCGUCAACUGGGUUUCCCGUCUGGCACAGCCGGUCAUCGUCAGCGUCCAGGGGAAGAUAGGCUUGCAGACCCGUACUCCGAUGCGCAACGCACUUCGCCGGAGUCUUUCAAAUCAGAGGAUGAAGACAAGCUGCUUCACCGUCAGCAACGCUCGUCAUCGGCCUCGCAAGCAGAUGGCGGGAAGAGCGACCCUCUUACGCCGCCAGACUCGCACAGCUUGGCCGCACAUGGUGGUGCAGGUCUUGCUUAUUCGAUUGCGAACAAUGCUAAGGGUCAACCUCCCGCCGCGGACUCAUUGCCUGCCAGUUCGACACCGCGUCACUCUGCGCGCAAUGCAGCGUGGAAGCCACAUACCGGCGCGCACAAUCCCUUCUCGCUGGAAUCUCACAAGAUCAGCCCCGCGAUCGCGCGCACGCAAUCUACAUCGAUGAGCCGUUCAGCAUCAGACACGCUAGCGUCCCCUACCUCUGCUCGCAGGACGACCGAAAGAGGCGGCGCAAGCGUCCUGAUUCCGCCGCUUGGAAGCGGAACAACGGAUGCCGCCAUGGCAAGUCCGAUGGCUCGUGAGCGCACCCUCCCACCGCUGAUCGGAACUCCACGCCGCUCCAAUGGUCUCAAGAGCAGUCACGAUGAGGACGCACCUUUGCUGACUAUGAGCUUCGAGGGCCCCAGCCUUCUCGACAGUCUGCGUCGCCCUGGCCGCCAACAAGGAAGCUUGAUGACCCCGUUGGAUUAUGAGUCGCGAGAAGCUGGCACAAAACGGACCCCCUUCAAGUUCUCAUCAAAGGAUGCUGGACGAUCUUCCUCGCUAUUCCAGGUGCCACAGACGAUCGGACGACCGACGCCCGCCCGACGCGUCGGUCAGCAGUCUGACCAGUUCUCGUCACCGCAGCACCUUGAUCUCACAGAAAGUCUAGGCUUAGCGCCUCAUUCGAUUCUGAGGCCGUCCGGCUCUACGUCUUACGGGCAUUUCGGCAACACCGGAGCCAUCACGCCGCUCGAGGGUCCGACGCCAGUCAGGCACCUGGGCGCACUGGCUGCUAGUCCCUGGCACCCCAGUCCAUCUUCUCCCCUGCGUGCCAUACGUCCAGACAACUUGCCAAGCAGCGCUGUGCGCACUGCUCAACCAGAAGCUGAAAGAGUCGAAGAUGAAGAGGAGGAAGAGGAUGAGCCAGGACGCUUCGCCAUGCAAGAGACGCCCUCGAGACCCAGCGCUAGUCAGCGCAGUGCCAGCAGCAGAUCUUUGGGUUUGGGCUCCUCGCAGAACGGAUCGACGAGCAAGACGACCACGGUUCUGAACCUACCACCCCCGAUUCGACCGUUGAGCUAUCGCAGUGGUGGUAGCGUUGAUCCGUCGCAGGGCAUCACACCUUCCCCCACUGCUGCGGACACUCGAGUCAGCGCCAUGCAGGAUCUCUCCAUCACAGACGAACAGAGACGCAGAGAUCAAGAGAAAGCCAUGCCUGAAACGCAAAAGCAGACCGAGGGGUCCGAGCGCGAUCUGCGUUCCGCUCUACGCAGUCCACCUUCAUCACCCAUUAGGCCACUGCUCAAUAGCCGCAUGUUGUACGAAUCUCCUCUGGCAUCGCGCAAGAGAGAGCGUUCUCCCUCGACGCCGAGACAUCAGCAUAAUCUGGAGGCGACCGGUUCGCGCUCGAGUGCUGCUUCUCCCAGCUCUCGCAAAGCUGUCCGCCUAGUGUAG